AACAAGUAAGACUAUUUGAAUUAUUCGUGACCUAAUUUGAUAUGAUAUAUUUUUUUUAUUCGUUACUUUCAUAUUUCAAUCAUAAAUUAAAUUAAUAUUAUAAAUUUUAUAUUCAAUCAAACAUUCUAAGAGUAAUAAUAUUGAAAACAUCAUGCAUAUUGCCAAACACUUGUGAAUUGCGAGCCGUACAUAUUUUAACUAUAUUUUCUUGGGAUGAAAAGGUGAAAAAAUAAAUAGCUUAGAGUUUCUAACAGAUAUAUUUAUCAGUUGGAUGAGAGUGAAAAGUCGGAAGAAAGAACGGAGAGCAUUGAAGAAACCUUUAAAUCCUUUUCUUUGUCUCUUCUAUUAUUAUCAAGCACUUGAUUUGACGAAUAAAACUGAUUUAGGGCGUGUUUUGGUAAGGAAAAUAUUUUUUUAACGAAUGCAUCUUUUGUACUUUGAUUUUUUAUAUUUACAAAUCAGCGAACAAAUCUUAUUUUAAAUUUAUUUAUUAUAAUAUGCAAAAUACUAUGGGUGUGGGCCCUAUAGGUGGAUGGGGUAUAGUAUGAGUUGCCAUUUGUGAAACUUAUUUUUUUAAUUUUUAAGAAACUUAUUUUUUGUGAAAAUAUUUUAAUAUAUUAAACAAAUAAAAUUGAAUUGGAUGAAAUAUCUAAAACCUUGGGUGGAGUAAGGAGGUUUAUUCGAAUUCCAUUUUGACAAAAAAUUAAUAUGUAUAUUUAAGAUUAAAAUUACUUUUGAAGUAUUUUAUAUAACAAAUGUUGCAUUCAUUCUUCUGUGUGUGUUUAAUUUUUACUAUUUUGAAUUCACUAAAUAAUUUUUUUUAUUUCAUUGUUAUUUAAAACUGGAAUACUUUUUAUUAUAAAAAACACAAUCUAUUUAGCUCCGUUGACGAUACAUGUUAAUAGAAAAACUUGAGCUUUUGAAACUAUAUUUGGACAUAGUUUUUGGGUUGAUACUUCCUUAGUUAGUUUUAUGUGCUUCACAAACUGGUUCUUUUAGUACUUCAGAUAGACAUUUAAAAAAAGACUAAAAUGUGAUUCAAAAAUAUAAGCUUAGUACUAGUAAUGGGGUAGACGAAGAAGCUUUUAUAAUAUCGAGAAACGGACAAAGAAACUUUUCAUGUCUUGCUUUAUGGCUUAGUUGACACUGUACGAGGAGUUGGAAUUUUAAAAUAGCAGUCAUUCGAACUUUCCGGUAUUUACUCUUCUUCCGUCUUUCCACGAAAUAAAGAAUGGAAGAAGCAAAAAAAGAACUGGAAAUUUUAGAAACUCAGCAUCCGAACAAGUUUGAAUAUCUCAAGUUGGAAUUAAGAUCCUUCAUAUCUUUUCUUGAAUCUCACUACUCUCACACUCUUCCUUCUUCCUCCUAUGUGGAUACUCAAGAGUCAUCAAGUAACAGGAAGAGGAAAAAUGGAAGCUUUGCUAGUAAAGAAGAACCUAAGAAGAAGCUGCAAAGGGUGGGACAGGAUACUGUGGGAUGUAAUAAGAGGAGUAGGAUUGAUGUUGUUAUGGAGAGGGCGCAGGCAUGUCUACGAAAAAUUCAACGAUUCAAAACUAGUAACAUGUGAUUUUCUUGUAAAUGCAUGUAUAGUUCGAGUAGAAAACAAUGAGUUCAGUUGGAAUCAGAGGAUGAGAUGAAGAGUUGGUUCUUGGCUUAUGUUUAAACCACUGUUGGAAAUUUUGUAAUGAUCUUCACCAAUAUCAUGUAACAGCAUUGAAAAUGUUUGUGUAGUAAAGAAUGACACACUGGCCAGUGGCUCCUUGUGUCUCUAUGCUUGUCGUUAUCUA